AUGAAGUCCAUCUUUUUCACCCUUCCGCUGCUUGCAGCCCUUGCCUCUGCCCGUGCUGUUGCCAGCGCUGGCCCUGAGAGUGCCCUUGCAUGCGCCACUGCCUUCACCAAGUGCAUCGAGAGCGCCGUGAGCGCCGGGUCCGUCCAGGGCCUCCAGUGCAUGGAGCUAAAGGACGCCUGUGUUGCCGCUAUCCUCCCCAGAAAUGUUGCUGCUGCCGCCCCUGCCCCCCAGGUCCCUGGCCUCGACAUCUCCAAGAUCAUUGAGGCCAUCGAGAAGGCCCUGGGCCAGAACAGCGGCAUCGACACCAAGGCCCUAGCCACCAAGAUCCACAACGACAUCUCCGCCAACGGCUUCGACGUUGGCACUCUGAUCAACGCCAUCAUCAAUGCCUUUGACGGCAAGGCUGGCGGUGUCGACGUCGGCAAGAUCAUCAACGAGAUCAUCAAGGCCAUUGGUGGUAUUGCCGGUGAGGUCCACGCUGCCUCUCUGCUCGACAUCCCCAAGCUCAUCAACACCAUCAUCCAGAUUGUCGGUGACGGCAAGAACAUUGAUGUCGGCAAGCUCGUCCAGGCCAUCGUUAGCCUCAUCGCCGAGGUCGUCGGCGGCAUUGGCGGCAUCAUCCCAGGUGGCCUCAGCGUCAACGCCAGUGCUGGCGUCAACGGCAGCGUCCAGGCUACUGCCCUGCCCUUCGACUUCAGCCAGCUGAUCAACGGCAUCCUGAAGCUUAUCAGCGGCAGCGGUGGUUUCGAUAUUGGCAAGCUCAUCGAGCUAAUUAUGAAACUUAUUGGCUCUAUCCCCAAGCCUGGCCAUUAA